AUGGCUGCUGCUGCUGCUCAUCCCAUUGUUAAUCUUAAUUGUUUCUCCUUCUUGAUCUUUGUGAUCAUUCGUAUCCUCAAUUCCAUUAAUAUUACAUCAGCAAUUCCACGAGGUCGAUGGGAACUCCUCCAACAAAGCAUUGGCAUAUCAGCUAUGCACAUGCAGCUGCUCAAUAACGAUCAUGUCAUCGUCUUCAACUGCACCGAUUUCGGCCCUUCUAGUCUCUCCUUACCCGAUGGCAUAUGUCGGAAUGACAUCAAUGACUUCUUCCUCCAACAUCACUGCACCUCUCACUCCGCAGAGUAUGAUGUAUUUAAUAAUUCCAUACGCCCUCUUAUGCUCCAAACCGAUACCUGGUGCUCUUCUGGUGCCGUCUCCCCCGACGGCACCCUCAUACAGACCGGCGGAUUCAGUGACGUUGGCCGUACAGCCAGGAUUUUCCAGCCCUGUGCUACUUGCGAUUGGCAAGAGUUUCCAAUUGAACUUAGUGCACCACGUUGGUAUCCCACCAAUCAAAUACUACCUGAUGGACGGGUCAUCGUGAUCGGCGGGCAAGAGAACAAUUACGAGUUCUAUCCCAAAUCCCUAUCCAUAUCCUCCACAAUUACUAGUCUAUUCCCCAUAACUUUACUAGAACAAAACAGUAAUCUCUACCCUUUUGUUCACCUCAACGUGGAUGGCAACUUAUUCAUCUUCGCCUACAAUCAAGCAAUCUUAUUCGAGCACACCACUUACUCUGUUGUCACAACUUUUCCGGCAAUUCUAGAUUAUCAGCCUCGGACCUACCCAUUUACGGGCUCCUCGGUUCUUCUCCCACUAAGGAACUUAUUACAACAAUCAGUGGAAGCUGAGGUCCUCAUAUGUGGUGGAGCUCCAUGGGGGUCAUACCAGGAUGCCACCUCAGGGAACUUCACCCAAGCCCUAAACACAUGUGGCAGGAUCCGAAUCACUGACCCGAAUGCGACAUGGACCAUGGAGACAAUGCCCCUCCCUAGAGUGAUGGGAGACAUGACCUUACUCCCCAACGGUCAAGUCUUGAUCAUCAACGAUGCCGUAAGGGGUCUUGCCGGUUGGGGAGAUCCAGUGUUCUACCUGGUGUUGCAUCGACCGGGUAACAAGAACGGGUCUCGCUUCCAAGUACAAAACCCAACUACCAUUCCACGUCUGUACUGA